UAACUAAAAUAUAGUUCUACAUCCUCUUCUUUUUAUUUCCACUGUUCAACCUUUUUCUUUGAUGUUCCAUUCCUUUCUCUUGCAUAAAACAUAACAAAUUUUAAGGAAAUGGGUGCUCUAGAUUUCCUUUCAGAUUAUUUCUCUGUCACACCAAAAAAGAAACGUAAACCAAUGCAGACUGUUGAAAUAAAGGUGAAAAUGGAUUGUGAUGGUUGUGAAAGAAGAGUUAGGAAUUCUGUUACUAACAUGAAAGGUGUGAAGGAAGUAGAUGUGAAUAGAGAGCAAAGUAAGGUAACAGUGACUGGUUAUGUGGAAGCAAAUAAGGUCCUAAAGAAAGUGCAGAGCACAGGAAAAAGAGCAAAGUUUUGGCCAUAUGUUGAAUAUAAUUUAGUGGCAUAUCCCUACAUAGCACAGGCAUAUGCAAAGAAAGCACCUUCUGGAUUUGUGAAAAACACUGAAUUAGCAUUGCCUAAUCCAAAUGGACAUGAUGAUAAGAUCACUUCCUUCUUCAGUGAUGAUAAUCCCAAUGCAUGUUCUAUCAUGUGAAACAAUGUUUUAAAAAUCGGACAAAUGGUUCUGUGAACUGACACUGUCGACCGUUUGGUUAUUUGAAAAUGGUUAUGUGAACUGAUACUGUCUACGGUUUGGUUAUUCGAAUAGUUUAAUAACAGUUAUAUUUCGGUUCAAGUGGUUUAAAGCAAUUGAAAUAUGACUUAAGUCUCAUUGAUUUGAUGUUUGGUACAGUUUUUAUAAUAUUGAUGUAAGCAAUUUUAUUUUAGUCAUGCACAAAAACUUUGUUAGUUCAUAUGUUUAGUACUAUUGAAGAAUUAAGACUUGGAAGCUAUUUUGAACAUGUUGUAAGAUAUGUGUUCUCAACGACAAUCAAGUUCUGUUUAUGUGUUAA